CCCUACCUUUCCUUCUAACAGGUAUGGAGCUCUGUGCAGUGGAGCUCCAGAGGCACUCAUCAAGAAAGCAGCUGGCCCAAGGAAGACGUCAAGGAGCCACAGUCUGACCCACCAAGCCACAUGGCUUAGGGCAGUGCCGGCUGCAGUGCUGGGUGACAGCAAUGCUGUGGGAUGGCCGGUGGGGCUGCACAGUCCUGAGCGUAGAUGUGGACAGAAUGCCGAAACAGAGAUCCCACAGCAUCUGAAAAUGCCCUCUUCCCCAUGUCCUACAACAGGAGAGAAAGCAAGAUGAGUCCUCGCCAUUUCUUCAAUGCGCUCCAUAAAAACCCUGCAAAGUAGGUCACUGGCAGAGGAAGAAACAUCUCUGGAAAAGAAAGCAGCAUCUCUGGAGGAGGCAGUGCUGUGGUGGUGGGCCUGGAGGUUAUCCCCGCAGCUGCUGUACUUGUUGGAUGGACAACACACAGCACUGAGCUGACCGCUUCUCUGUGGCCAUGAAGCUGAAUGAGCGGAGUGUGGCUCACUACGCCACCUGUGACUCGCCCACCGACCACGCCGGCUUCCUGCGCAAGCGUGUGGGGCGGCACCACCACCACGGUCACCAUGGCACUUCCUACCAGCGCCGAUGGUUUGUCCUCAAGGGCAACCUCCUCUUCUAUUUUGAGGAGCGGGAGAGCCGGGAGCCUGUGGGGCUGGUGGUGCUGGAGGGCUGCACCGUGGAGCUCUGCGAGGCUGCUGAGGAAUUUGCCUUUGCCAUCCGCUUUGACGAUGCCGGUGCCAAGGCCUACGUGCUGGUGGCCGAUGGGCAAGCUGCCAUGGAGGCCUGGGUGAAGGCGCUCUCACGGGCCAGCUUCGACUACAUGCGGCUGGUGGUGCGGGAACUGGAGAAGCAGCUGGAGGAGGCCUGCACCAGCUUGGCUGCAUGCCGCAAGUCCCCUCGGAGGUCCUCCUCAGGCAGGAGGCGUCACCUCUCCAACCCCGCCCUGCCGCCUGUCCAGGAGAAACAGCAUGUCCUGGAGAAUGGGUACUCCACGUGGGGCAGCAGCCCUGACCGCGAUGGGGGGCACACAAAGCCCCCACCCCUCCCUCCACGCCGACGCUCAGCCGCAGGGUCCUCAGUGCCCGCCUUGCAGGAGAGCCCGGUGUCACCAGAGACGACCUGCUUUGCCAAGCUGCACCACUGGUACGGGCAGGAGAUCGCGGCGCUGAGGCAGGAGUGGCAGGAGAGGCAGAAGAGGGGCCACCCAUGAGAUGGGGAGACAGAGCCAGAGCAGAGCGAGGCGUGCUGCUUGCCCCUUCCCUCACCGGCUGCCUCCAUGCAGGAGGGCCUUUGUGCUCCCUAGGACUCAGUGUACCAAUGGGCCUCAUCCUCUUUCCAUGGAUAUGACCAGGCUCAGUGCCCUGCUGUCCUUACGUGGUGGAUGCUCUGGGCAUUUCAUCAUCCAGUUUGGUUUUGUUUCUCAGUGUGGAAGUUUGCACAGGUCAGCAUUUAUUAUUGUCUGUGAUGUUGCGCUGAAGCCUUUCUGCUUUUGCUCUUUGGCUGCAGAAAAGAUUGACUCUUGUGAAACGCCUCCAAUGGGCUGCUGGCCUCAGGGUGCCUACAGCUUUAUGCCUGGUUAGCUGCACAUGAGCUUUAGGAGGACAAAGAUGCCAUGGCUUUGGCUGGUCCAGGAGCCAUGGCUCAUCAUGACAAGUGCCCAUUUGAUCUGACCAAGCUGCUGGCACAGGCUGCUCUUCCUGGGGCUUCUGGUUGGGUGCCAGAGCUCUGCAGAGCUCCAUGAGCAGCCUCCCCAGCAGGGUGGGGAACAGGGCAGUGUACCGAGCCACAGCACAGCUGUGUUUGCAAACAUCAUCAUUUUUUUAACUUUCAGCUGCCCUAAUGCCUCAUCCCUGCUGUCUCCCUAGGAAUGUCCAUAAGCAAGGCUUAUGGGGAGGGCAGAAGAAAGCUGGCCUUUGAUCUGAAUAAUGGCAAGGAUCACUAGCUCCUCGAGACUUUGAGUACCUAGCUGUAGCCAAGCCUGUGCAUUCCUCUGGCUCAAGUCUUCCCUGCUGAAAAAGAGGAAUGCUGAAGGCUGCCUGCCUUCAUGGGGUGAAUUUAUCAGCCUCUUCACAGACCACAGAAAGUGCCAUAUAGGGCUCUGGCAGCUAGUCAGAUGCAGGAGACAGAGUGCAGAGCAGCGCUCGUGUGAGGUCUUUUUUGAUGUGAUCAUGAUGAUGUGUUUGAGGCACUGUGGGGAAGCUGGGCUGAGCCACACAGUUGGAGUAGAGGAAGGACAUCAGUAUGCUCCUGAGAAGCGGAUGGCCCUAGGAACACCAGAGGCAAAGGAGUGAGUUACUGUGGCUCCAUGUGCCAGCAGUGUUUGUACUUGCCUUGCUCUAAAAGCCAUAUCAUUUCCUACCAAAGCCAGAUCUUGUCCUGCUGGGGCUUCCCUCCUACUCUUUGUCAGAAUCAUGGGGCUGACUGCAGGAGCACAUCCCAUAUACUUACCUGCUAGGUCAGAACCCUUAACCAAAGGCUAACGGUACAUUACGCAGUGCUGAGUGCAGCAGCCCAAGGACUAGAAUCUUCUAUAGUGGUUGUUUAUAAACAUCUUUCCUCAUCUUCUUGGCAAGGGCUGCUUUUCAAAGCAGAAAAACGCACAAAACUGCCUUGUGUUUCUCCUCUAAGCAGCAUUAAGCUUGUUUUUAUUGCCCUGUUCUGUUAAGGAGUGAUGCUAGGGAAACAGCAGGCUGUGCCAUAACAUGACAUGGGUACCCAUUUACCUUUCUGGAGCUGAAUGUGCUCAGCCUUACACUCUGCUAUAACCGCUAGAGGUUGUCAGAGGCAAAAAUCAAAUGGCUUCCAUUAACUUCUGGUGCCUUUGAAAAUCCCUCUAGUAGUUUUGGAUGACAAUCUUCCUGCCUAGCCAUGGUGUGUUAGCAUAAACGAGACCUUAAAUCAGGUCUGAAUUUGGGCAGUGGGAAUGUAACCUCUACAUACAAAUGGUGCAAUCCAAUAAUCUCUAGUUUAUGUCUGCGUUCUUCCAUAGCAGAGAAAUUAAAGGUUGGGAGGAUCUGUUUUUUAAGAGAAAACAGUAAUGAGAGAACAGGAGCUGGAGGGCCAGGGUUGGGUCUGUGUCCCAUCAGGAUUGGGAUUCUCAACAGCAGCAUCAGGAAUGGUGCUACCUCCCCAUUGCGGGUUUUUAGGGCUGGGUCAGAUGUAGAUUGCCUCUUUCUUCUUUUUUAAUGCAAUACAGAGAGAAUCUUCCUGAUGUCUCAGACUCAUAUAAGACAGUUUGAUUUCUCUUCCAAAAUGUACUGGGAAUCCCUACAUGAGACUCAAGAAUCAGGAGAGACUUGAAGGAGAAAAUAGAUUAACAAAGCCAGUUCAGUCAGAACUGGACCUGAAACAGCACUAUUCAUAUGCAGGCAGUUUCACUUUUUAAAGAAGCUUAGUUUAUUUUAAUGAGCCAGGAUUGCACCAGUAGCACUCCUAAGGAGCUUAUAUUUAAUGCCUAAUCUGCCCUGUUUAAACCAGACAAUAUCCACACCACCUGGCUUUGCUUUAGCAAAUAUUCCAGCUAAAUCCUAAAUCCUGCAAAUGAGGAGAUGGGUUUUCCUUCCUGUCUGACUGCAUUUGGAGUAACACUGUGUUUUAUUCUGCGGCACUGAGAAGAAAACGGCAGAAUCACGCCAAAUAUCUGUGUGCAGCCCAACAGCCUUUGUUCAGUGCUCAUCCAAAAGUGCUGUGGGACUUAGGGUGCUCUCAGUCAGGCUAUACCUCUCAGCCCCAUUGGAGAGCAGGGACACCUCUUUCGGGGCUAAAAAGAUCUUCCCACCUUCUCUUAUUAUUUUUUUUAAUAGAAAAUGUGUGGCCAGAAUGAUCCUUAGCAAUGGGAGACAGAGUGUUUUAAAGCUGCAAGGCUGCUCUUAUAGUCCGGAAGGGAUUUUGGAGAGUUUUCCCUAAAGUAAUAUUGCAAAAGGGGUGGGAAAAAAAUGCUUGAAUCUGAAUGGUUUAAUUUAAAGUAAUUUGAAGACCAAAAGCGGGAGUGAGGUUGUGAUUCCAGCACAGCUUUGGUACACUUUGCUAGUAAGGGUGCCCAACCUGUCAAGCAAAACAUGGAUGCAAUCCUUGCAGCUUUCUGGGGACAGGAUUUCAGCUCAGGCCCACAACAUAUCACUGUGCGCAUAUGUAUGCUUCAUAAAACAGCCACUGUGAUGCUUUCUCUUUGCUCUGAAGUCAACCCCAGAGGUAAGGCUGACCCGGUCUCCCAGCGGCCACCAGCAGCCAACUGAUAGGCUCUGUGGUUUGGGAUGGCCAAACACCUCGUGGUACCACAGUCACUGUGUUCAGAAAAAGGGGCUGGCUCAGCCCAGGAACCUGAGAGAAACCCCGUACUGAUAGGCGCCGGGGUCCCUGUGGAGCACAGGUAACACUACAGGCGGUUCGCCCAAACAGCCCUCUCUCGAGAGGCUUCUAUUUUAACUACAGACCGUGUUCUUCUUUCUAAGGGGCGGGUUUGCGCGAGCCUUUUUUUACAUGCAGAACUUGUGUGUGUUAUUAUACAUUUCAGUUACCGUUUGUAUUUUAUGCUAUCUAGUUGAAUAAACAAUUUAGUAUUCGUAA